AUGCCUGAUGAUCAGGAUUCUUCUCUUAAUCCAAACUCUGCCUAUUAUCUCAGCAACAAUGAUCUUAAUACCUCGAAAUUGGUUAACAUAGUAUUUGAUGGCAAAUGCUUCAAUGACUGGAAAAGGUCUAUGGUGAUUGCUUUAUCUGCUAGGAACAAGUUGAGUUUUGUUGAUGGAACUAUGAAUCAGCCAGCUGUUGGAUCAGUAAACUUCAGAAUUUGGAACAGGUGUAACGAUUUGGUAAUAUCCUGGAUGCUAGGAUCUCUUGAAGUUUCAAUUGCAAGGAGUGUGCUAUACUUGAAAACUGCUAGAGAAAUCUGGUUGGAUCUUGAGGAAAGAUUUUGUCAAUCUUCUGGUCCACAAUUGUUCACAAUACAACAGAAACUUUGUGAUCUGAAUCAAGAAGAUGAUGAACAAAUUUCAAGUUUCUUUACCAAGAUCAAGCUUCUUUGGGACCAGCUUGAUGGCCUUGAUCCACUUCCAUCAUGUGUUUGUACUGGUUGCAGCUGCACACUAACUCAAAAGCUUUUGAAAUCUCAACAAGAUCAGAGGUUGAUACAAUUUCUGAUGAAGUUGAAUCAGAAAUAUGAUCAUUCCAAGAGCACUAUUCUUAUGAUGUCUCCAUUGCCAACAAUUUCAAAGGCAUAUGGACUACUCCUGCAAGAAGAGCAGCAGAAAGAAGUCAACAGCAACAGGACUCAUAAUAUGGAAUCAACUGUGUUUACUGCAAGCAAGUUUACUGACAAUAGACCAUAUAAAUCCACUUAUGCUUCUAACUCUGGUAAUUUUGGUGUUCAGAAUGCAAGCAGUGGAAAUCAGCAAAGGAAUUUUACUUAUUCCAGAAAUAAUCUGUACUGUGAGCAUUGCAAGAUGAAAAACCACACUGUUGACAAGUGUUGGAAACUACAUGGCUAUCCUAAAGAUUUUAAAGGCAGAGGAAAAAGAGUAGUAGCAGCAGCUCAGUUGGAAGAAUUCACUGAGAAAGAAAAUCAAGUUGAGUCAGACACAGGAGUGGUUCAUGCAACUUUCACAGAAGAGCAAUACAGUCAGCUUUUAAGCUUUCUCAACACUCAGAAAACUGCUAAUCAAGCUGAACACUCAGGCUCCAGUUCACUUGGACUAGCAACUGCUACUCAGCUGAGAGGACCUUUCCAAGAACAAGCACAUUCUGCUUGGUAAGUUGGACAAAGGCCUAUAUUGCUUAAAUGAAGACUUACUAUCAGACAGAUCAAAGUCCAAUAACUAUGCUCUUUCAAGUACUUCAGCAAUUGAAGAAGCCAAACUGUGGCAUCUUAGGCUAGGACAUAUUUCUUUUGGCAAAAUAAAGAAUAUUAAAGGCAUUGAUGUCAAGGGUUGUUUAGCUGAGUGUUUCUGUCAAAUCUGUCCCUUAGCCAAACAGACAAGAUUUCCCUUCUCUGUAAGCAGUAUUAAGUCAGUACAACCUUUUGAUUUGUUGCACAUAGAUGUGUGGGGUCCCUACUCUGUAUAUGAUUCUUCCAAAUGUAACCAAUUUCUUACUAUUGUAGAUGAUUACACCAGAAUGACUUGGACUCAUUUAAUGAGAAA